AUGUCUAAAAUAGAAGAGCUGUCGCCAUCCGAUACAGAUGAUUACUUGUAUUCUAGUAACCGGGGAGAUGUAUUUUUAGCAUUUGUGGAUGCACCUGUCAAAGAGACUGAUGAAAUAUUAAUUGAAGAUAGCUUUAUCGGUGGUGAGCCUAAGUGGCUGCAUCCAGAUUCGGAACCACCAGUAGAUCUACUGAAAUGUGGUGCCUGUAAGAAAGCGGAUAAUAUGAAGUUGUUACUGCAAGCCUUUUCUCCAUUAGAUGAUGAACAAAUGAGAGCCAUUCAGCAACGGGUCGGUACCGAUAAUAUGAGUUACAUCAAUCCUCAGGAUGACAGAGUGUUAUAUGUAUUCCUCUGUACCAAAUGUCAAAGGAAGGGCAAUUCAGUUCGCUGCAUCAGAGGAGUGAAGAGGAACAAGAACGCUGAUGGUCUUUCUAAAAAACUGGCGUCAACUUCAUUGGAGAAAGAUUUUCAAAUCAACCCCUUUGACUUAUCAAAUAAUCCCGAAUUUGAAUCCAACUCCUUUUCAAGUAAUCCAUUUGGGAUUAAAGAUGCAAACCCCUUUGGAGCUGAUGGCAUCAAUUCAGAUAUAGCGCAAAAAGAUGAAGAAAAGAAAAACGAGGAAACUGCUAGUAUUUCUGCAAAGGCAGCCAGGAAACUACAUGAGUUGCAAAAGGACAAAACAUAUGAUGGGAACAAAUGCUUUAAAAGCUAUUUGUUGUAUGUUGAGGAGGAAACUUUCAAAAACAAAAAGCCAGCUCAUUUGCAGUUACCAAAAAAUCUCAAAAUUGAUAAAGAGGCACUGGAUUUAACAGGAGAUGAAGAUCUUGAAAAAGAUCCAAUCAAGCUGGAUCCCAGGACAGAAAAAUUAUCUAAGUUUCUUGAUGACGACGUUUUUCAAAAAUUUCAAGAGGUAGUUGGUUAUAAUCCAUCUCAAGUAUUGCGUUAUGACGUAGGCGGAAAACCCUUACUAUAUGCUGAAACAAAGGUUGAUAUUUCGAGCACAGUGCCAAGACCCAGCUAUAACCCGUCAAGUCAAAGAAUCUUUGAAAUGCAGUUAAUGCCAAAGAUGAUUUUUGAUCUAGAAGAAAUAGUAUCUGUUGACAAUGGAAUGGAAUGGGGCACUAUACUUAUUUUUACUGAUGUUGAGAAUUACAUUCCUGAAUUUGAUGAACAUGAUAUCGGCUAUGUAGAAGAAUGUGUGAAGGUUCAAUGGGAAUCGAGAACGUGA